UUUUUGCCGGAGCCGCUGGAGGAACAACAGAAACGGCUUGUUGGGAGGAACCGGAAGGUUCUCCAAAAAGCGACGGCAGUCCUGUUGCAGCUCUCUUACGGAACACUUCUAGGAUCGGCGCUCGAAAAAACGUCCUCGCAACGAAAUAUAUUCUAGCGUUUAAAAUAUAACUAGGCCAUUUUUCUGAGAUUCUUAAAAUUAAUGUUCCAUUCAAUUAAAAGUUAACCAUAUUCAUUGUUGUUACUCAGUAAUUACAUCUUGGUAAUUGUUUAUGGAAUUAUAAUCGCAAGAAAUUUAUCUAGAAUUAAUCAAUGCAUUCUGAUUUUUAAAUUAUACUACAAUAAAAUAACCUCUUUACUGAAACGGACACGGUUAAUAUGAGCUCUUAGUGCAUGCAGAGACACGACGACUCAUGGUGAGUGCGUAUUGUAUAUCACACACAGUGUAUUCAACAUUUUGCUACUUUGACAUUUGAAGCGGCUUAGCUACUCAAUAGAAUGGGUAAGACGAAAGACAUAAGCACAGACGAAGAUAUAACUAUAGAAACUAAUGAAAUAUCUCCACAAAAGAGGCACAAGAAACAUAAACAUAAAAAACAUAAGAAAAGGAAACCAACACACAAUGAAGUUGAAGGUUUUAAUAACAUUAGUGUUGAAACGGAAAAGAAGAAAGCAUUUAGAGUUAAAGUGAAAAAGGAAGAUGAUAAGAGUCUAGAAAAACCUCGUGAGAAAGUACUUAAAUCUGCUAAUUUAAGUGUUGCGGGUUCAAGUACUGCACCAUCACCAAAAGCCACAGCAAAGAAAAAAGUGCUAAAGGGUAAUAAGGGCAAAGAUAGUGGUACUAGUAGUGAAGAAGAACGAUGGCUUGAUGCUAUAGAAUCUGGAAAACUGGAAGAAGUUGAUGAUGAACUGAAGAAAAUUAAACCAAAGGAUCCAAAAUUAAUGACUGCUCGUCAAAGAGCCAUGUUUGAAAGAAAAACUGAUACAGAAUCACAUUCAGGGGUAGAACAACUUAUGUCAUUACCAACUGGUUACAAAGAGAAAGUUAUGACAGCUGAAGCUAUACAAAAGGCUGCUCUUAAAUCCUUAAAAAGGAAACAACUUGCUGAUGAAAAAAGAGAAAAAGAUAAGAAAAAAACAAUGGAAAGAUUAUUAAAAAAACAAGAAUCUAAGGCAUCCAAAGUUAUCAGCAAAGGGAAACCGUCCAGAAGGCAAGUUCCUUUAGUCACAUACCGUUUAACACUUGAAAGGAGCUCCAUAUCCUUACCACCGGGCGAAGAUUUCCCGUUACAGCCUACACAAGGAAGGCAACCUCCACCCCAAGUCCUCUGUGGUGUAAAUCAAUGUAAAAAUCCAAAGAAAUAUUCGUGCUCAAAGACUGGAGUGCCAUUGUGUAGUCUACAGUGUUACAAAACCAACUUAGGAAUAGUAAAUUAGAUUAAUACUUCCAAAAUUACAUGCAUUUAUUUAUUACUACAUUCGUUAAAUCCGCAAUUCUACCAUCCUGUACACGAAGCUCGCUAGAUUAGUAUUAAAACGAUCUUUACAACAAUAAUGCAUUUUCUCUUAUAAACGCAACAGCACCAUAUUGUAUUCAUGUACAAAUUUCGGGAGGAAAACGUAUACGAUGUAUCAUACAUACAUAUAGGAAAUAUUAAGAGAAAAUGAAUUUGAAAUUCAAACA